CGCUAUCACCACCGCACGCAACUAACCACACAGUCGCCCACCAUGUCUACCCAGAGCGUGCAAUGCUUCGGCAAGAAGAAGACCGCGACUGCCGUCGCCCACUGCAAGGCUGGCAAGGGCCUCGUUAAGGUCAACGGAAAGCCCCUCAGCCUUGUGCAGCCCGAGCUGCUCCGCUUCAAGGUCUACGAGCCCAUCCUGAUCCUCGGCCUCGACAAGUUCGCCGACGUCGACAUCCGCGUGCGCGUCUCCGGUGGUGGUCACACCUCGCAGAUCUACGCCAUCCGUCAAGCCAUCGCCAAGUCCAUCAUCGCCUACUACCAGAAAUACGUCGAUGAGCACUCCAAGAACCAGCUCAAGCAGGCCCUUGUCCAGUACGACCGCACACUCCUCGUCGCCGACAACAGGCGGUGCGAGCCCAAGAAGUUCGGUGGUCCCGGUGCCCGCGCCAGGUACCAGAAGUCGUACCGUUAAACGCGCCGCUGUCGCGUUUGUGCGGAGCGUCUGGUUCAGCAUGGAGUGGUGGAUGGCAUAUGGUGUUCAUUCGUGGGCUUUUAUAUCGGUUCAUGGGUCUCAUUGAAUUGCGAGGGAAAGCAUGAUGAAAUGCUACGGGCGACCUGAUGGGACUCGGAUCUUGUCACGAUAAAAAUGAAUACAUUGAUUGCAAGCACGUCUAGCUUGUGACGAGACUCAAAGCGGCUCGACUUGUGAGGAUGAGGAAUGUGCAUGAAGUUGACGGACUGUCAGCCUAC